UUCUUUUUUUUUCAUCUUUUUUUAUAUUCUUUUUUAAUUCAUCAUCUAUUAUAUAUACCAUGAAAGCUCUUAUUCUUGUUGGAGGUUUUGGUACUCGUUUGAGACCUCUUACUUUAACUCUUCCUAAACCUUUAGUGGAAUUUGCUAAUCGUCCUAUGAUUCUUCAUCAAAUUGAAAGUCUUGCCAAGGCUGGUGUUACUGAUAUUGUAUUGGCUGUUAAUUAUCGUCCUGAAAUUAUGGUGGCAGCAUUGAAAGAAUAUGAACAACUUUAUAAUGUAAAAAUUACAUUCUCUGUCGAAACAGAACCUUUAGGUACGGCUGGUCCUUUGGCUUUGGCAAGAGAAAUUCUUGGAAAGGAUGACUCUCCAUUCUUUGUAUUGAAUAGUGAUAUUAUUUGUGAUUAUCCUUUUGAACAAUUACGUGAUUUCCAUUUAUCUCAUGGUAACGAAGGUACUAUUGUUGUAACCAAGGUAGACGAUCCUUCCAAGUAUGGUGUUAUUGUGAAUCAACCUGGUCAUGCUUCCAAGAUUGAACGUUUUGUGGAAAAACCUAAGGAAUUCAUCAGUAAUAAGAUCAAUGCUGGUAUUUACAUUCUUAGUCCUUCUGUAUUGGACAGAAUUGAACUCAAGCCUACUUCUAUUGAAAAGGAAGUUUUCCCUUAUAUUGCACAAGAUGGUCAAUUACAUACAUUUGAAUUGGAAGGUUUCUGGAUGGAUGUUGGUCAACCUAAAGACUUUUUGACCGGUACCUGUUUGUACUUAUCUCAUUUGGCCAAGAAAAAUCCUCAAGAAUUAGCAAACCCUACUUUGGAUUAUGUUCAUAAGGGUAACGUUAUGGUACAUCCUACUGCAAAGAUUGGAAAGGAUUGUCGUAUUGGUCCUAAUGUCGUCAUCGGUCCAAACUGUGUGGUUGGUGAAGGUGUAAGAUUACAACGAUGCGUUGUUUUGGAAGGUGCUACUAUCAAGGAUUAUGCUUGGGUGCAUUCUAGUAUCGUUGGUUGGCAUUCAUCCGUGGGUCGCUGGUCUCGAUUGGAAGGAUGCUCUGUUUUAGGUGAUGAUGUCACUAUCAACGAUGAAAUCUAUGUCAAUGGUGGUUCCAUUUUACCUCACAAGUCCAUUUCUGCCAACAUUACUGAACCUCAAAUUAUCAUGUAAAUAGACUACUUUCCUCCGUUCUCUUCCUUUAUUAUUAUUAUUUAUUUAUCUUUCUAUUAUUUAUCCCAUCAUCUUUUAUUCUAUUUACUCUCCCUCCUUUUUUUUUCUCUUUACAUCUAUUAUAUUGUUGUCCUCAUGAUUUCAUUUAUCAUUUAAACCGUUUCUAAUGUCUUCAAAUAAAAUACAUUCAAUUUGUUUUUAUAUCAACCUUUUCAAAUAAAUAUAUCAUCAGCAUGAUAUAUCCAUAGGAAUCAUGAUGAUAAAGAAGGAUUAGAUUUAGUAUAGGAAACAUCAUAGGUAUAGGAUAAUCACUCUGUUUAUACAUCACCAAAAAAAAAAAAAAAGUAGGCUCUAAUUAUGGUACUAUAAUUUUUCUUUUU